AUGGCUGCUGCUCCAGGACACUUCGAUGCAUUCUAUGCCACCAUAGAGGACUGGGACUCCUACAUCAGCCGGUUCAAGUUCUUCCUCGAGUCCUUCCUCUUCUCGUCUACCCUGCUGAGAUAUCACCCUGACAAAGCGCUGGUCUUGCGGCCAAGGGAGAGGGGCCGUGAAGGGCAGCAAAGAACUAGUGAAUUCCUCAUCUGCCUGGGGAUUCUCAAGAAGCUCAUCCUCCAUCCACCCGCGGACAUCACGACCGUAGCCUUCAAAGAACUGACAGACAAACUGAAGGCACACUUCUCCCCGCAGCCGUCGGAGAUCGCAAGCAGGCACGCCUUCUUCAAAAGAAGUCAAGCGCCCAAUGAGACCAUGGCUGAGUAUGUAGCGGCUCUUCGUAAAGCUGCGAGGCCGUGCAACUUUACCGAUGUAGAAGAGGCCCUACGAGACCGACUGGUGUGCGGAAUGCGGGACGAACGGUUGCAGCAGUUGCACCCCACCGAUGAUAAGGUAAAGGCUAUAAAAGAGGCACCGAGGCCCUGUAAUAAAAAAGAGUUGCAGUCCUUCCUCGGACUGCUCAAUUUUUAUCACACCUUCCUACCUCACAAGGCGUCGGUGGCGGCACCAUUACAUGCGCUCCUGCACAAGGACGUGAAAUGGCGGUGGGGACCUGAGCAGGAACGGGCAUUUGAAGGUGUUAAAGCUUUAUUGUCUUCCGAGGCUGUCUUAACCCACUAUGACGAUCAGAAGCUGCUAGUUCUGGCCGCCGAUGCAUCUCCGUUUGGGGUGGGGGCUGUGCUCAGCCAUGUAAUGGAGGACGGACGGGAAGCCCCCGUCGCGUUUUAUUCGAGGUCGCUGUCUGAUACCGAAAAGAACUAUGCACAAAUAGACAAAGAAGGGUUGGCACUGGUAUCAGCAGUGAAAAAAUUUCAUGAUUUCUUGUUUGGGAGGCGGUUCAUUCUUGUGACUGAUCACAAGCCCUUGCUUGGGAUUUUUGCCCCGGACCGGCAACUCCCAAACAUAAUGUCAGCCCGGAUGCUUCGCUGGGCCUUGUUUCUGUCGGCCUACGACUAUGAUCUGGAGCACCGGCCGGGCAAAGCCAUCGGACAUGCGGACGGGCAAAUGUUUCUGGUGAUUGUGGAUGCAUAUACGAAGUGGCUGGAGGUUGUGCACAUGCACUCUACCACUUCCGGGGCCGUCAUCAAUGUGCUCCGGCACCUUUUUGCCACCCACGGGCUGCCGGACGUGUUGCUGAAAGUUAACUGGUAA